GGAGCUGCUGCUGCUGCGGCGGCUGCUUCCGCGGCGCCAAGGCCGAGGCGGAGGCCGGGGUGCGAGCUCGGCUGACGUGCCGGAUCCGCGCGGCUCGGCUGCAUUGGCCCCUGCGGCUGCCUGAGUGUCUCGGCUGGUCUGUGCACGGCCUCGGCGAGGAUGCGGCUUUUCCGGUGGCUGCUGAAGCAGCCGGUGCCUAAGCAGAUCGAACGCUACUCGCGUUUGUCGCCAUCGCCACUCUCCAUCAAGCAGUUCCUAGACUUCGGGAGAGCUAAUGCAUGUGAGAAAACUUCAUAUAUGUUUCUACAAAAGGAGCUUCCUGUAAGACUGGCCAACACAAUGAGAGAAGUUAAUCUUCUGCCGGAUAACUUGCUUAACCGCCCUUCGGUGGGGUUGGUUCAGAGUUGGUAUAUGCAGAGCUUUCUUGAACUUUUAGAAUAUGAGAAUAAGAGCCCUGAAGAUCCACAGGUCUUGGUUAACUUUCUGCAAGUUCUCAUGAAAGUCAGAAAUAGACACAACGAUGUGGUUCCUACAAUGGCACAAGGAGUGAUUGAAUACAAGGAGAAAUUUGGGUUUGAUCCAUUCGUUAGCAGUAACAUCCAGUAUUUUCUGGAUCGGUUCUAUACCAACCGCAUCUCUUUCCACAUGCUUAUUAACCAGCACACACUUCUGUUUGGUGGUGACACCAACCCUGCUCAUCAACACAUUGGAAGUAUUGAUCCCACCUGCAAUGUGGCUGAUGUCAUGCAAGAUGCCUAUGAAACCGCCAAGAUGCUGUGUGAACAGUAUUACCUGGUAGCUCCAGAGCUGGAAGUCGAAGAAUUCAAUGCCAAAGCUCCAGACAAACCUAUUCAGGUAGUUUAUGUGCCCUCACACCUGUUUCACAUGCUAUUUGAGUUGUUCAAGAACUCAAUGAGAGCGACAGUUGAACUAUAUGAAGACAGAAAAGAAGCCUACCCGUCUGUUAAAACCCUUGUUACUCUGGGUAAAGAAGACUUGUCCAUUAAGGUAAGUGACCUAGGUGGUGGUGUCCCACUUCGAAAAAUAGACCGUCUUUUUAACUACAUGUAUUCAACUGCUCCUAGACCUAGCCUGGAGCCUACAAGAGCCGCCCCUCUGGCUGGAUUUGGUUAUGGCUUGCCAAUUUCUCGUCUGUAUGCUAGAUAUUUCCAAGGAGAUCUAAAACUCUAUUCCAUGGAAGGAGUCGGUACUGAUGCUGUCAUUUAUUUAAAGGCACUUUCAGGUGAAUCAUUUGAGAGACUUCCGGUUUUUAAUAAGUCUGUGUGGCGUCAUUACAAGACCACACCCAAAGCUGAUGACUGGAGCAAUCCCAGCAGAGAACCUAGGGAUGCCUCAAAAUACAAGGCGGAACAGGACAAGGUCAAGACUAAUAGAACUUUCUAGAACACUGAAUGCUCAUGUCCUCUCUGAGAAGAAAGAUUGUCUUCCACAAGUCAACUGGAGAGAACUCCUUUCCUCCACCAACUCUGAGCAAGGCACCAUAGUACUCCAGUGCUUGAAUGUGUAAUUUCUCUAUAUGAGCUGGACCUUCUCCACAAAAACCUUCCUAUAGCUGCUCCAGAUCUUCACUAAAGUAGUAACCCGAGCAGUUUUUCCUAGUAUGUUGCUGUGGUUUGGUUGGCGCCUGUCGUAAAACGGCACAGAGCCUCGUUAGUGCUCUGGUGCCCUCAUACCUCCCUCCUCCUUGUCAUAGAGUCGAGUGUCUACAUUCUCCCCAGGAGUCUAAGCUCCUUCCUCAUUCCAGAUACAGCCAGUUUCUGCGGUUGCUCUUUGUGACCAAACACCAUGGUUUUCCAAACCACUGACUAAGGCGUGGGUGAUCUGGAAGUUGA